AACAGCAGUAGGAAAAGAAACCCAAAUACAAUCCUCCAACAACAUGGCGUCGAAUGGGAAAGGCGAUUCAAUGGAAACUUCUGCAAAGCUUUUUUACCCCAACCCUGACAUUCAAAAUGGGGCCCAUGUUCGCUCCAUGGAACAAUACCGUGAGAUGCACAAGCAAUCCAUCGAACAACCUGACGUAUUUUGGGGCGAGAUAGCCGAGCAAUUUCACUUCGAGAAGCCGCCGACCGAGGGGAAGUUUUUGGAGUACAACUUCAACGUCAAAAACGGGCCGGUGUUUAUCAAAUGGAUGCAGGGCGCCACCACUAAUGUUUGCUAUAAUGUUUUGGACAGACAUGUUAAAGAUGGCAAGGGUAACAAGAUUGCUUUUUAUUGGCAAGGGAACGACCCAAAUGACACAGCAAAGAUCACCUAUGGACAACUUCUUAAAGAAGUCUGUAAAUUCUCCAAUGUUCUCAAGGAUAUGGGUGCAAAGAAAGGAGAUCGAGUCGCCAUCUACAUGCCGAUGAUCUUUGAACUUGUUGUGGCCAUGCUGGCUUGUGCACGACUUGGAGUCAUCCAUUCAAUAGUGUUUGGUGGUUUUUCAGCGGACUCUCUCUCCGGUCGAAUGAUAGACGCUCAAUCUACUCUUCUUAUCACAGCAGACGGGGUCUAUCGAGGAACCAAGCUUGUUGAUCUGAAACAGAUAGCAGACGACGCAAUCGACCUCUGCAAAAAACAGAACUUUAUUGUGGACACUGUAGUGGUUGUACGUCACCUGUCACCAGACAGCCCUAGUAGAGACGCUCCUGCCGAUCAUGGGGCAGCUAAGAGGCCCUGUUUUAGCCUGAAGACUAACUUUGUAGAGGGUCGUGAUCGUUGGUGGCAUGAUGUCAUGACUGGCGUUACCGAUGAAUGUGAUCCGGUGUGGCUGGAAGUGGAAGAACCCCUCUUCAUGCUGUACACAAGUGGUUCAACUGGGAAGCCGAAGGGUGUUGUACACACGCAAGCAGGGUACCUACUCUACGCUGCGACAACCUUCAAGUACUCCUUUGACUACCACGAGGGAGACAUUUAUUGGUGUACGGCAGACAUUGGGUGGAUUACCGGCCACACCUACGUGGUGUACGGGCCGAUGGCCAACGGAGCCACCAGCGUUAUGUAUGAAGGGGUACCCACUUACCCAGAUGCAGGGCGCUGUUGGGAGAUUACCGAUAAGUAUAAUGUAAAUCUCUUUUACACGGCGCCCACCCUCAUCCGAUCUCUCAUGAAGUUUGGGGAGGAACCAGUAAAAAAGUACAGUCGCAAGUCGCUGAGAGUUCUUGGGACUGUAGGCGAGCCCAUAAACCCAGAGGCGUGGUUGUUUUAUUACAACGUCAUCGGAGAUGGUAGAUGUGCAAUCAGCGACACCUUCUGGCAAACAGAAACGGGAGGUCAUACUGUGACUGCGCUACCAGGCUGUACACCCAUGAAACCUGGAUCAGCAUCCUUUCCAUUCUUUGGGAUUGACCCUGCUGUGGUUGACGAGAAUGGUGAAGAACUCAGUGGAGCGUGCGAAGGAUAUCUGGUCUUCAAGAGGCCAUGGCCCGGAGUAAUGAGGACUGUGUACGGAGACCAUGCUCGCUAUGAAGGAACUUACUUCAAACAAUUCCCUGGAUACUACAAGACUGGAGACGGCUGCCGUCGUGACGAAGACGGUUAUUACUGGAUCACUGGGCGUAUUGACGACAUGUUCAAUGUCUCUGGCCAUCUCUUGAGUACAGCUCAGAUUGAAGCAUCUCUAAUGGAGCACCCAAAGUGUGCGGAGGCUGCGGUGGUGGCCUACCCUCACAAGACUAAAGGAGAAUGUUGCUACUGCUUCAUCAGCCUGAUUGAGGGAGCCGAGUUCACAGAGGAACUUGUUCACCAACUCAAAGAUAUGGUGCGUACAAAGAUUGGCCCAUUCGCUGCGCCGGACGUUCUUCAGAAUGCUCCGGGCUUGCCAAAGACGCGCUCGGGGAAAAUCAUGCGCCGCGUUCUACGCAAGAUAGCGCGUAACGACCACGACCUGGGAGACGUCAGCACCAUGGCCGAUUCAACGGUCGUUGAGGUUCUAUUUGCCAAUCGACCCGACGUGGAGAAGUGGUCGGGAUUGCACAACCAGAUUGUCCUGUAGAGUCAUUCUGUAGAGUCAUUCUGUAGAGUCUUUAUGUAGAGUCAUUCUGUAGAGUCAUUCUGUAGAGUCAUCCAGAGAGCCCAAAAGGAGUACUGUAAUACAUGUAUAUUGCCAUAUUUUGGUGAGAUGAACAAUUUCAUCUGUUGAGCAGGGGGAGGAAAAUGGGCUAGACGAGUAAAAAUUGCUGUUAUACUCAAAAAAUUACAAGGAGAUCGCCAACACAUAUAGCUCAGUUGGUGUCUCAGUUGGUGUCUCAGGGAAACCUGUCCAUCGGUGAUUCUGUCCCUCAUAUUAUGGUUAAAUGGAAAAGUUGUACACUGUUCCCCGUACAUGCCCUAAUGGGGUGGACAGAAUCUCCUGCUGCCACACCAGCACGUUAAUAUGGAGGUUGUUGGUUCGAACCCCACUUUAGUAAAUUUGUCCUUGUUCAACCCCAAAUUAUUUAAAAUUUACCCAGUCAGUUUCCCCUGUUGUUUAUUACUUGAUACUAAAAUACUGGUCAACUCUGUUUUGUUCUUUAUUGGGCUGGAUCAAGGGAAGUUGUGUUGAAGAAAUAUGAAAGUAUUAUAUAAAAGAUGAGUAAGAAUAAAUUUUAGGAUUAGUCAAUGUUAUUUUUUUUUUUAGUUGGAAUCAUUUUUUAUUUUUUGGGGAAACUGUAUUCAGAGGACUCCUGCCUGCUUAAAAAAAUGUAAAAUGUUACCAUGGAAAUACAAUUUGUAUUGCUAUGUACUAACUAAAUCAUAAAAUUUCCUGUUUUUGCCAUUUGCCAAUUCUUUAUUCAUCUGUCAAAUCUCUGCCCUGAAGAGGGAAGACUUCUGAAUUGUUUCUUAAACUUAAUGAACUGGGCUUUCAAAAAUAUGUGCACCAUAAUGAUGUAUUGACUCAUGGUGCUUUUAUUACUUAACAGUAUUUGGUUGCCUUGGAAAUUAUGUACUUUUCUUCAUUCUGUCAUCGUAAUAAAAACAUGCCAUAGAAACAGAUAUUAUUUUACAUGCAAUAUAAACUGCCAAUAUUCAAUUUCAAAAACUUUUAUCCAUUAUUUUUUCCCCAGAAAGAUGCUCAAUAGGCCUUACAGUCUUAUUAUAAUGCCACCAUAUUUUAAAUCUUGCUCCCUGUGUGUAAAAGCGAGUAAUACCGAGUCUCAAAUUCACUGGAAAAGCCCUAUGAAAAAUACCCAAUAAAUUGUUUUAAAUUAUAGUUUUUUUGCCAAUUAUAGUUUUUGCUAAUUAACAAAUUAUCUUCAAAGUGCAUUCCUAACUACAUUCUAACAUACAUAGAUUGAAGGUUUUUGUUACAAUUGGUGUCACGAUGGAGCUGAGGAAUUUUCUGUAUAAAUUUUGGAGCAUUUGAUUUUCAUAAAAGAAAACCAGCUGAUGUUAAUUUUUAACUUUUGAUUAGGAGUCGCUCUUUGUCUAACUGCUAAGCAUAAUUUAGUACGGUAUUGGUACAAACAUGUUUAUUAUUACAUAUUAGGUGAUUGGUAACAUAUUUCUGCUAAGCAGAUUUUUUGCAUCAAUCAGCUUAAAUUGCAUUGGGCAAAUCCAAGGACAUGCAAUAAACCACGCCCCUCCCUCACUAAACAAAUUAAUUGGAAUGUGAACAUAUUUGUGUAUUUUUAUGUAUUUUAUAGAAACCAGUGAAUACAUAAGCUUAUGAGGGAAGAAAAAAGGCAAUUAUGAAAUAGACUUGUUCCUUUCAAUGUGUGUAAAUAAUGUUCUUAGAUUAUCGUUCUUAGUACCAUAUACAUUGCUAUAAAACUGUGCAAGGUAAUUAGUUUGAUUGAUAUAGUUGUAGAGAAAUCAGAACUGCAGAGGUAGAUUGUAAUAGCAGUUUAUUGAGGAUACCUAGUGAGGCUGUUUAACCAACAAUGCGCACAAUCAAUCGCAAAUUUCGCAUGAAUAUGUAAAGCAGUUUGCAUAAUUAAAAGAGUGCUGUAUCAAAGUCUCAGUUCUUGCGACAAAAAUAGUAUUGAAAACAUGUAAAUUGAGGCUUUUUAACCAACAAUGCAAGUUCCACGUGAACUUUAUAAAUUAAUGGGUUGCAUAAUUAAAAAGACCGCAAAAUUUCAUCUCUUUUCAAAAAUAGUAUUGAUAAUAAACCACUGUGUAAAUUAAGCUUUUUAAAGAGGCUUUUUGUUGUACACGGAGUUGUGAACUCUCACCCAGUUACUAAUAACUGGGUAAGAGUUGAUGUACCAUGUACAGCCAGAGACCUGUUUUGAUCUUGACGACAAAGCCCCUUUAAGUGUAGCAAAAUAUGGCUCCCAUCUUUGAGAAACUCGAUUUCCAAGUUUUAAAAAGUUUGGUGCCACCGUGCACUUGUGUAAACAUUCUCCUCAAGUUUGUUGAUAGUUCAGAACGAGAGGUCACGGAGGUCAUGACCUCUGUUGACCUGGUCUGUCCUUUGUUGACCUUGUCUUUGCCCCCUUUUAAUCAGACAAAGUACCUGGGCCAUAUUUAAUAAAGCCUGUAAGAACAAAAACUUGCUAAACACAGAAUAGUUUAGCAACACAGAAACAGCGAUGGUCUAUUUUUAUCAAGGUGUGUACAUUUUUGGAGCUGUUAAGAAUUACCAGUUUGCAUUCAGUGUUAGCGUUUACAAUUAAGGCCGGGUCGUCGCACAGGCCCUGAUAACGAGAACAAAAAUGAGAAAGAUAAAAAUGCACGCCCUCGAUUGGUUGAAAAGCUCCUUGCCUAAGUGCAUUCAACCACUCUAUGAUUCAACCAAUCGAGGGCGUGCAUUUUUAUCCUUCUCGUUUUCGUUCUCGUUACCGGGGCCUGUGUGACCGGGCCUUUAAUCAAGUUAUGUUUAGAAACAACAAUAUUAAGUUGUUUGUGCAUCUGAACAUGUCAAACAUUUUUGUAGUUUUAAAUAUUCUGUACUAAGUUUGUUUGCAAAGUGCAAUCUUUAAACUUAAAUUUUAGGACUGGUCAGAAAUUUCCAACUUACAUUGUUUUCAAAUGCAAAAACAAAAACUUAUAACUUCCACUGUAUUCUACUAUUUUGUAAUUUUUCUAUUGAUUAUUUAAUCAAGAUUACUGCAUCAGUUUCAUAGGUAAUUAUUUGAUGUAUUUCUGUACACAGCAUUUAUAUAUCGGACUGACCAAUAAAUUUUCAACUCUUGUAAUUUACUAUAAAAACCGCGUGUAUG